AUGGUCUCAAACAUGCCCCCUCCACUUCAUGCUUUGCAACCAUCUGGCUUUUUCGGGGCUCGCCUGUCAAGCCUGUUCCCAACUUUGCCGCUGGCCAGGCGUGGGCAAGCAAGCAUCAAGAGAGGAGCUGAGGUGUCAGGAGCCUGGUUUAUGCACUUCCAUGCAACUUGCAGUGCGUGUAUCCGUACGGAGUACUGCGUACCUUACUACGUAGAGGGUGAGAGCGUAAGGUAG